GUGGAGCGGCCGCGGGCGGCGAUGGCGGCGGGGCCGCGCCGGGCUGCCCCGGGAAGGGGCUGGGACUCCCCGGGAGCGGGCUGGGGUGCCCCGGGAGCGGCCUGGAAUCCCCCGGGAGCGCUCCGCAGUUCCCUGGGGCUGCUCCGCGCGCUGCUCGUGGCCGCGCUGGCGGCGGGCUGCUGCCAGGGGAACUCGGUGCACAGGAAGAUUUACAUCGCGCUGAACCGCACGGCGCCCUGCGUGCGCCUGCUCAACGCCACGCACCAGAUCGGCUGCCAGUCCUCUCUGAGCGGGGACACGGGCGUGAUCCACGUGGUGGAGAAGAUGGAGGACCUGGAGUGGGCCCUGUCCACAGGCCCCCACCCCCCCUACAUGAUCCUGCUGGACGGGAACCUCUUCUCCAGGGAGAUUUUGCUGAAGCUGAAGGGAACCUCCCGGGUUUCAGGCCUGGCUGUGGCCGCUGCCUCUCCUGCCCCUUCCGAAGGGUUUUCCCCAGGACUGAAGUGUCCCAACGAUGGAUUUGGGGUUUACUCCGACUCCUACGGGCCGCAGUUCGCUCACUGCAACGGCUCCGAGUGGAACCCGGGCGGCUCCGGGCUCUCCUACGAGGAUUUCCCCUUCCCCAUCUUCCUGCUGCAGGAUGCCAACGAGACCCAGCUCAUCAAGGAGUGCUUCCGAGCCCACAACGUGCCGCGGGCGCCGGGCGCGGCGCCGCAGUUCCCGCUGUGCGCCAUGCAGCUGCAGGCACACAUGCACGCCGCCGCCAGCACCGUCACCUGCAUGCGCCGCAGCUCGCUGCAGAGCGCCUUCAGCAUCAACCCAGAGAUCGUGUGUGACCCGCUGCUGGAUUACAACGUCUGGAGCUCCCUGCAGCCCAUCAACGCCUCGGGCCGGCUGCAGCCCGGCCAGCGCCUCCUGCUGGCGGCCACCAGGGUGGACAGCCACUCGUUUUUCUGGAACGUGGCCCCGGGGGCCGAGGCGGCCGUCGGCUCCUUCGUGGCGCUGCUGGCGGCUGCGCAGGCGCUGCAGGCGGCCCCGGGCUCCCAGCAGCUGCCCCGGAACGUGCUCUUCGUCUUCUUCCAGGGGGAGACCUUUGAUUACAUCGGCAGCUCGCGCCUGGUGUUUGACAUGGAGCAGGAGAAGUUCCCGCUGCGCCUGGACAACAUCGAGGCCUUCCUGGAGCUGGGCCAGGUGUCCCUGAGGAACAAUUCCAUGCUCUGGAUGCACACGGAUCCCGUCUCCCGCCGCAACGAAUCCGUGGAAUUCCAGGUGCAGAAGAUCCUGGAAGCGCUCCGGAACAGCAGCUCCGGCUCCAACGUUUCCCUGCAGGAGCCGGGGGUGUCCCAGCCCCUCCCCCCCUCGUCAUUCCAGAGGUUCCUGAGAUCCCGGAGCAUCCCGGGGGUGGUGCUGAGCGACCACCGCGCCGCCUUCCACAACAGGUACUUCCAGAGCAUCUACGACACGGCCGAGAGCAUCGGGAUGCGCUACCCCGAGGGGCUGAGCCCCGAGCAGCGCCUGGAGUUCGUCACCGACACCGCCAAGGCCCUGGCCGAGGUGGCCACGCUGCUGGCCCGGGCUCUGUUCUCCCUGGCCGGGGGAGGCGCCGGCACCGAGAGCAUCCGGGCGGAUCCCAGAACGGUCACUCGGCUGCUCUACGGAUUCCUGCUCAACUCCAACAACUCCUGGUUCCAGUCCCUGAUCAAACCCGACCAGAAGGGAAUCCUGGGUGAGGAGAGAGCCCCAUUCCCGCUUUUCCAGCUGGAUUCCUGGGAAUGGGGCCAGAAUCCCGGGAAAACCGCGGGGACGCAGCCCGAGCUGUACGAGUACUGGUGGGUGCAGGGCCCCCUGGACGGGAAUUCCUCGUCCCGCGUUCCCGGCUGUGUCCGCUCCGGCGUCCGUCUGUCCCCCGCGCUGUCCCCGGCCUUCGAGCUGCGCCGCUGGGAUUCCCGGGAAUUCUCCACCUGGACCGAGAGCCGCUGGAAGGACAUCCGGGCACGCAUCUUCCUGGUGGCCAGCAGGGAGCUGGAGCUGCUGACGCUGGCCCUGGGCGUGCUGGUGCUGCUCCUGUCCCUGCUCUGCACCUUCCUCAUCAAUUCCAAGGCCUCGCUGCUCUUCGGCCUCCCGGCCCCGCCCGGCCCCUCCGGCUACUGAAAACCCGGGAAAAACUCCUGGAAAAGCCUCAGGAAUCCUCCCUGGAGCUCCCGGCGCUGGAGGUGCCAGAGAUGUUCCCGGGAAAUCCGGAAUUCCGGGUGGGAUCGAUGCCCUGGGGGGGAAAUUCCCAGAAUUUCAGGUGGGAUCCACUGCCCUGGGUGGGAAAUUCCCAAAAUUCCCAGUUGGAUCCAGUGCCCUGAGUGAAAAAUUCCCAAAAUUCCCAUUUGGAUUCAAUGCCCUGAGUGAAAAUUUCCCAUUUGGAUUGGAUGCUCUGAGUGAAAAAUUCCCAAAAUUCCUGUUUGCCUGAGUGGCAAAUUCCUGGAAUUUCUGGGUAGGUCCUGUGCCCGGAGUGGCAAAUUCCCAAAAUUUUCUAAGAAUUCCCAGUGGGAUCCAUCCUGUUUCCCAGGGUGGAACUUUUCCCAAAAUCCAGAUAAAGGAAGGGUAAAGGGGGAGGGUUUUUUUGGGAAUUGUGAGGAAUUCCAGGGGGUCUGGGAAUAUCCCAAUGGAAAAAGUCCCCUUUUUCCCUGGGAUUUGUAAAUAUUAUAAAUAAAUCCAUGGAAUUCCCAAGGAAA